AUGAUGGUUGAUUUUGAUAUAAUCAACUAUAAUUAUUAUAAUUUACUCUUUUGUAUUUCACAUAUUCUUGCCAUGUCAUCAACUGUCUACAACCCGUUUCUUUAUUGGUAUCGCAACGAUGAUUUUCAUCAAGAGUUUCAACGAAUUAUGCCAUUUUUAUCUAAAAUUUGCCCGUGCAUUAAUAGAAAUCGAUCAAGAAUGCCUAUAUCAAGUAACCCAAUAGCUAUGGAAAGCGCUAAGGAUUGUGCAAAUCAACCAUAA